AUGGCGCCAAAGAAGAAGCCUGUUGUCGAGGAGGAUGAUGACGAGCUCGCCCUUCUAGACGAGUUCAACACGGCUAGAGGUGCCGUGGUAGAAACCAAAACUGAAGAGACUGCGAAAUCGAAGAAGAAGAAAAGUGGUGGAAAGAAGACCAAGGUGGAAGACGAUGAGGACGUCGAUGAACUGCUUAAGGAUCUCAAUGAGCUGAGUGCAAAGGCUAAGCCUGAUGUAGAGCAAGAAGCUACAGUGGCGCCUCCGGCGCCCGAACCUGAAGCGGAAGGCGAAGAUGAUAAGGCCGAUGACGCGGAGGGAGGACAGCCCUCUGCCAAGGCACUCAAAAACAAACUCAAGAAGGAGAAGAAAAAGCAGGCCAAGCUGGCGAAACAAGAGGGUGAUGGAGAACCGGAAAAGGCAGCUGAAACUGCGAAGAAACCCAUCUCAUUAGCCGCCAGGUUGGCAGCGGAACGACAACGCCAGCUGCAAGAACUUGAAGAAAAGGCGCGUCAGGAGGAGGAGAAACGACGAUUGUUAGAGGAGGAAGAACGCAGGAAAGCAGAGGAGGAGGAAAGGCAGCGGUUGGAAAUGCUGGAAAAGAAGCGCCAGCAGCGUAAGGAAAAGCGCGAACGCCAGAAACAGCAAGGCAAGCCAAUGACGCUUAAGGAGAAAAUGGCGGCGGAGAUGAAGAAGAAAUUCCUCGAGCAGUUGGAGAAGGAGGGUGCACUGGCAAACAAGCAAGAUGACGAAACCAAGCGACCACAACCAUCGCAAGCAUACCGCAAAAAGAAGACUGUCAAAGUUGAGGAAGUAGAGCAAGUGGAACCUGAAGAGCCAGAAGAGCAGGAAUCCAGCCCGUCGUCUUCGGAGUCUGAAGGUACGUUACAAUUUUCAAAGUGCUUAUUACUGCCAGAAACACCACCGUCUAGCGAUUCGGAAGAUGUAGUGGACAAUUGGGAAGAGUUGGACACUGAAAAUGAAGAAAACGGAGAGGAAAAGGCGAAAGUAAGUGUAAAAGAGCCACAAAAACCCGUUUCGGCACCAACGCCAAAGGUGGUGAGGACAAGGGUGCCGAAACAGGUAGAUUCCGAAGACGAUGAGAGCGAGUACCGAUCACCGAUUUGCUGUGUGUUGGGGCACGUCGAUACCGGUAAAACCAAGUUGCUGGACAAAAUCAGACACAGCAAUGUGCAAAAUGCCGAGGCUGGUGGUAUCACGCAACAGAUCGGUGCCACGUUCUUUCCGAAGGAGAUGCUCAAUAAGCACUGCGAUAUGGUGAACCCCGAGUUUAAAGUGAAGAGUCCCGGGCUGCUGAUCAUUGACACGCCAGGUCACGAGUCGUUUAAUAACUUGCGUGCGCGUGGAUCGUCACUGUGUGACAUCGCGGUUCUCGUCGUCGAUAUCAUGCACGGUCUUGAACCACAGACUAUCGAGUCCAUAGGAUUGUUGCGUGCGCGCAAGUGCUACUUCGUCAUUGCGCUGAACAAAAUCGACAGGUUAUACAAAUGGGAACCCACACCGUGGGCCACGUUUCACAAGACGUUCGACAAGCAGCUCGACCACACCAAGGCCGAAUUUUUCGAGCGCGCAAAGAAAAUAAUGCUGGAGCUUUCGGAGCAGGGGCUCAACAGCGAGUUCUACUGGGAAAAUGACGACGUCAGGCGCAACAUCUCUAUAUGUCCCACCAGUGCCAUCACAGGAGAGGGCAUUUCGGACCUCAUCUGUCUGAUGCUUCAGCUGACACAGAAAAUCAUGGUUAAGAACAUCACUCACAAGGAGGAGUUCCACUGCUCAGUGCUAGAGGUGAAGGUUAUAGAGGGUCUGGGUACAACGGUGGACGUUAUACUGCUCGGUGGCACCAUCAGGGAGGGUGACAAGGUGGUGCUGUGUGGCCUUUCCGGCCCCAUUGUAACUACCAUUCGCACAUUGCUGACACCGCAGCCGCUGGCUGAGCUGCGUGUGAAGGGCGAGUACCAGAAACACACCAGCAUUAAGGCUGCUAUGGGUGUGAAGAUAGUUGCACAAGGCCUGGAGGAGACGGUGGCAGGAACGGAGAUGCUGCUCGUGGAAGACGAUGACGACAUUGACCAACUGUGCGAGGACGUUAUGCAGGAUAUCUCGUCCAUUUUCGACAACGUAGACCGUACGGGAGUGGGGGUGUACGUCAUGGCCUCAACUUUGGGAUCACUGGAAGCCCUGUUGCAGUUCCUCACCGAUAAGAAGAUUCCCGUGUUCGCCGUGAACAUCGGUACGGUGCAGAAGAAGGAUGUCAAAAAGGCGUCCAUCAUGCGAGAGAAGGGCCAUGCGGAAUACUCCGUUAUCCUCGCCUUCGACGUCAAGUGCGCCACCGAGGCUGAAAAGGAAGCUCAAACCCUUGGCGUCAAAAUUAUGUCCGCAGACAUCAUCUACCAUUUAUUGGACUCCUUCGUCAAGUACCUGGAGGAGACGCAGGAACAAAAGAAGCAGGCACGGAUUUCCGAGGUGGUGUUCCCUUGUGAGCUCACCAUACUUCCGCACUGCGUAUUCAACAAGAAGGACCCCUUCGUUUUCGGCGUACACGUCGACAACGGUAUCCUGAAGCCGAACACGCCCCUGGUUACCAUUUCAAAGGGGUCACUGCUCAUGCUCGGAAGGGUCGCAAGUAUGGAGCACAACAAGAAGCCCGUGGACAAGGCUGUGAAGGGACAGGAAAUAUGCAUCAAGGUGGUCGGGGAGCCUAACAUCGCCUACGGACGACAUUUCGACUGCAACGACCGAGUCUACUCGCGCAUCACCCGCGACUCCAUCGACGUGCUCAAGGAGUUUUUCAGGGACGAAAUGACAAACGUAUGUUUAGAAACUUAA